AUGGCCGUCUCUGCAUCUCCUCUACGGGGACGCUCUCCAGCUCCCAACGGGGACCGUCCCUCCGUUCCGCAGGCUCUACAGCCGUUUGCACGGAAUCAGACUAAGCGACAUAUCGUUACCACCGUUCCACCUGUCGUGACACUGGCAAGCUCUGCCAGCAACUCUUCGUUACGCACCAGUCCUUACUCUUCAGCCUCCGCUAUGGCUACAAAUACCUCGCUCCAGACCACCCCAGAGGGUCUGCAGCCGCAGUCUUUUCCACACAGCUUACCCUCCUUCUUCUCGCUUCCGGACGCCACAAUGACGCCCCCACCGACCUCUAACCCUGCGUCGACUCCGUCCUCGGCAACGGCAGAUUAUGUGGCUCCUAGCAGGGCACCGGGUUUGAUACGGAGAAUAUCGCGUGGCGCACACUCAAGGCUUUCGCGCCGGCGGGGCUCCGCAUCACACGAGAACCGUGACAACAGUUGCGGACCAGCCAUCAUGCGCCGCAGGAGUGACAGUAAAAGCAUGACGGACGGCGCUCUGGAUGUCUCCGAUCUCGAGCUUGAGCUUGAGAAUCAAGAAGAGGAAGCCAUUGACGAUCUUGGCGAACCGGUAUCGCAGCGUGCCACCGUGAAUGGACUGGGUAUCACCACUGGCCGGCAAAGUGUAGGGUCCGCUGCGGAGGGGGCUGUUGGGCCUAUCUGGUCACCCUUUCUGGAACAAGGCAGUACGCUUACCAAAGUCACGAAAAAGAAAAGAAAACAACUGAAAUUCCGUCUCGACUUUGAUUCCGCCAAAGUCUGGUGGGAUCCCUCGAAACCCUCGAAACAAUUUUACAUUGACGAUGUUUGGGACAUCCGCUCAGGUGCCGAUGCGAGGCCGUACUACGAGGAGUUCCGAGUAUCUCCUGCUGAGCAAGCACGCUGGUUCACCAUCUCCUACACCAAGCCGGACCGUUCUAAAGGCGUAAUCUACAAGACUAUGCAUCUCAUCGCGCGCACUGACUACACAUUUCAGUUAUGGACGACGGCAUUAGACACCAUGUCACGUGGUCGUGCCGACAUGAUGCAAGACCUUGGCCGAACGGCUGAGCGGAGUGUCCGUGCCUUGUGGACGAGCGUAAUGGACCGGAAGUUCAACAGGCUCGAGCGUGGAGAUGAGGACGAGCGAUUAGACUUCGAAGGCGUCAAAAAGAUAUGCCGAAACCUUCACAUCUUCUGCGCCGAGAAGAUCAUUCGCGAACAAUUCAACCGGGCCGACGACGACCUUCUGAACUCACUCAACUUUACUCAGUUUCUCCGCUUCUUACGGCGAAUCAAGAAGCGCCAAGACGUCAAGAAAGUUUAUGAGAGCAUCAAGAAGCCAGACGAGCCUGGCCUUAACCUGGAGAGCUUCAUUGCGUUCCUACGUGACAUCCAAGGCGUCAAUGUCCAGUCGGAUAUGAACUACUGGGUCUCCGUUUUCGAAAGAUGUUGCAAAAGCUCGAAGUCGAAGAUCAAGGUGGAAACCACCGACGUUGAGGCUGCUUCGCUGCGCAUGAGCUCCGCGGCAUUUCAAGCCUAUCUAGCCUCGCCUGCUAAUCAAGUGCUAGCUUCAAUGCCUUCGAACGUAAGGCAUGACCGGCCAUUGAACGAGUACUUCAUCUCAAGCUCGCACAACACUUAUCUCAUGGGACGGCAGGUAGCCGGCCAAUCAAGUACAGAGGCGUACGUCCUAGCUUUGCAAGCCGGCUGUCGAUGCAUCGAGAUUGACUGCUGGGAUGGUAACGAUGGCCGUCCAAUUGUUGUUCACGGCCGAACUUUGACGAGCAGUGUCCAGUUUUCAGACUGUAUUGCUGUCAUCGCCGAGCACGCGUUCAAAGCAUCGUCCUACCCUCUUAUCAUCUCGCUGGAGGUCCACUGCAAUCCGGAGCAGCAGGCAGUGAUGACAGCCAUCAUGAAGUCGCAGUUUGGCGAUCAACUGUUGCUUUACCCGUUGGCGAGCGGGUCAUCUAUACUGCCGUCUCCCGAGGAGCUGAAGAACAAGAUCCUAAUCAAGGUGAAGGCAUCCGAGGAGCGGGACGACUUCGCAUCCCGUAGUGACCUCGCACUUGCUCGGCGCGGCCGUAGUCUCAGCUCUCCAUCUACACACCCGCUGGUCCUUGACAUCAGCAGUAUCCCUGGCUCACCGCUGCUCACGCUUUCCCCAUCUUCGAGCCCUCCUGAGCGGUCAGGAAGCUUCUGGGCCACUCCACGGACUCCACGGACUCCGCCAAUAACCCCUGGCAGGGUCAGCUCAAACAGUUCGGCUGAAGACAGUGACGCGGCGGCUCAGAAUGCCGAGAAGGCGAAACGGAAGAAGACCAGCAAUAUCAUCAGGGUUCUCGGAGACUUGGGUAUCUAUGCCCGCGGCAUCAAAUAUUCGUCGUUCUCAGCACCGGAAGCAAACACUUACAAUCAUAUCUUCUCCUUCAAUGAACGCACCUUUGACGCCAAGGCCAAAGACCCGGCUACCAAGGAACUUCUCGAGCGGCACAACAUGCGCUACCUUAUGCGGGUCUACCCUGCAGGGUGGCGUAUCAACUCUUCGAACUUCGAGCCUCACAGGUACUGGCGCCGUGGUGUGCAGAUGGCAGCGCUGAACUGGCAAACCUACGAUAUUGGACAAGAGAUGAACAGAGCCAUGUUCGCCGCUGGCAUCGAUCGCACUGGGUAUGUCCUCAAGCCUGAGGAGCUCCGACCGUCCGCCCGUAACAUAGAUUUCCCGACUCUCGGACACAGGAAGCCGGGGAAGAAGCUUGUCAAAUUCUCAGUGGAUAUCAUAUCCGCGCAGCAACUUCCGAGACCGCGCGGACUCGGCGAAGGAACCAGUGUCAAUCCGUACAUCGAGGUUGAGAUGUACAGUGCUGACGACAAGGCCCGCGGUAACGCCGUUGGUGAAGGUGGCCUAGACGCAUCUGCACGCAAUGGCGUGUCCGGUAUCGGGUCGCCCAUGCGAAGGCGCACGGCGAUCGUCCAGGGAAACGGCUAUGAUCCGCUGUUCAACGAGGCGAUCUCCAUCUCGGUCGACACACGGUACCCCAGUCUGGUCUUCCUUCGCUGGACUGUGUGGAACUCGAUCGAUGGCCAGAACUACGUCAACAACGGCACCCCGCUGGCGACUUUUACCGCGAAGCUAUCCAGCCUGCAGCAAGGAUAUCGCCAUCUACCACUCUACAACCUCAACGGCGAUCCGUACAUCUUCUCCACCCUGUUCUGCAAGAUCAGGAAAGAGGAACAUGUUGCUCUCGACGACGGCAGGAGCUUCGUGUCUAGUCCUACCGAGCCAUCCAGCCCUAUCCAAGAGCCCAGAUCAGGCAGAGGAGAGUUUCUGAGAAGGGUCUUCAGCCGCACCCCUUCUGAUCGAAAGAGGAGAGAUCCAAGAGAGGACGGAGAUCACAACUUCUUCGGCCGGUCCGGCACCGUGUAG